AUGGAACUCUUUCCAUUCACAAAAGCAAGACUCAGUGACGUGCCAUUCCGACCGACCGAGCUUGGCCCUGAGAGGACUCCCGAUGACCUUCGUCUCAACAUGCUCAAGGUCGUUUUUGGCUGGGACAACGACAUUGAUGAACUUGUUCGGGACGAGCUCGCACGCCAUCAUGCUGAUUCUGCUGCGGCAGUUCUCCUAUCAAAAUGGCUCGGCGACAUUGGCGCUGACUUGAUGGCAUCCAUGGUUGGAUCAGAAUCCAUGACAUCCACCGACUGGAUGUUGCUUGCCUUGAGUAACAUGGGACAAGGUUCACAGAAGAAAGUAGGCGAAGCCUUUGUCCAGCGUCUACUUGAGAAGGGUGACAUUCAUCCUGCGGUUGCCAUCUUCUUGGGUCUUGGCGAACACAACGACGCCAUCGAGGUCUACGUUUCCCGCAAGUACUACAUGGAGGCCAUCUUACUUACAUGCCUUCUAUUCCCUACAGACUGGAAGAGACAAUCCUUCCUUGUCAGGAAGUGGGGAGAGUUCUCCGUCUCACAUGGUAAAGCGGAAUUGGCCGUUCGAUGCUUCUCAUGCAUGGGUCUCGAGACCACAGAGCCUUGGUUCUCGCCCCGAGCCCAGGACGCCGUCUUUUCCGCACAGAAACAGGCCCUUUUAGGCUCCCAGCUCAGCCCGCCAUUAUCGCCUCCUAGUGUUGGAAGUAGCAGGGUAGCUGCCAGAAUGGCAUCGCUCAAACUUGUAACUGACUUCACGCGUGGUCCACAGCCCCAGCGGAUCCGACAAGAGGACGAAGAACGUACUCCCAUGAACGCCGGCGUUACCCCAAUUGCAGAGUCAGCACUUAGUCCUUCCGGCGCCGCCCAACCCUGGAGAACAGCCAGAGACCCUUCCAGAGAACCAUCAUCAGCGAGGACUGCCACACCAGGCGCUUAUAGAAGGAAGAGACUGCCAUCACGCUCAGACACAGGACGAUCUACCACGAACAACGAGGUCCUCGCCUCUCUGGCAAUUCCUGAUCGUGGCCAACGAGGCGAGUCGCACCCAAGAACUGCCGUUGAUAAUGUUGGUCGUGAAGCAGAGACACUGCCCUUCUCCACCCGCCGUGCCACUAGCGCGGCCGUUGGUGUGUUCGAAAACCUCAGCCUCAAGAGGAGCGAUUCCCGUGGUGGUUCUCGCAGCCGUAAACCACAGGACCUUCAUCUGAACAUGCAUGAGUUUAUUGUCGAACAAGCCCCAGAGACUGGCACAAGCCACAAGACGAGCCCACCGCUCACUGGAGCAAGCGGGAUAAGCAUGAAGAGUGCGAAAGUUCGAAGUAUCGAUCAAUAUAUCAGCAGCCUUGACGAAGCCAACAACUACCCACGUAGUCACACCGCCGAUCCCCUUGAAGAGAGGCCCGCUUCCCGAACAGCAAGAGCUCGCAGUCGACCACGGGAAGAGUCUCAAAACCGUGGCCGAUCUGGUGUUCGCUACAUUCGACCCGCAAAGAGAUCGCCCUCUUCGCCGGUGCCCAUGUCACCAGAGGAUGCUGGUAUCUAUGCUGCCCCAAAAUCAGACGCAGAUGCCGAUACUUACGAUGACGAACGUUUCUACAAGAUGAAUGUUGCAUCCCCAGUGGCGACAGAAUCUGUCGCGAGCGGAUCGGACCACUCGUAG